AUGGGGGAGCUCUGCCUGCUCCUGGUGGCUCUUUCUGCCCUGGCACCUGCGCAAGAAACGACGGGACCUCCCAGUACUCCGGCUGGGAACACCUCAGUGACGCCGGGUCCCAGAGCGCUGCGGCUGGCGGGCGGCCGGAGCCGCUGCGAGGGCCGGGUGGAGCUGGAGCAGGAGGGGACGUGGGGGACGGUGUGCGACGACGGCUGGGACAUUCCCGACGCCGACGUCGUGUGCCGCCAGCUGCGGUGCGGCCGCGCCGUCAGGGCCCCGGGCAACGCCGCCUUCGGCCGCGGGCACGGCCCCAUCCUCCGGGAUGAGGUGGGGUGCGAGGGACACGAGCGGGACCUCUGGGAAUGCCCGGCCGCUCCGGAGCACGACUGCAGCCACAAGGAGGACGCCGGCGUGGUCUGCUCAGAGCACCAGGAGUGGCGGCUCUCCGGAGGCCGGGACGGGUGCUCCGGCAGGGUGGAGGUGUUUUUCCGCGGCACUUGGAGCACGGUGUGUAACAGCACCUGGUACGAGACGGAGGCCACGGUGCUGUGCCGGACGCUGGGAUGCGGGGACGUGCUCCAGCGGCCGUCCUUUGGGCACACGCUUCCCGGGAAGAUGGUGUACCUGUGCGGGAGCCUGCAGCCCUCGCUGGCGCAGUGCCGCUGGACCUUCAAUAAAUCCGCUCCGUGUUACCAGUCCUGGGCCGCCGGGGUCAUCUGCAACGGCUCCCAGGGUUUGGAGACGCCAACGCCCAUGGCCGAGGUGACGCCCAGGAACGUCACUGUCCUGCACGCCAAGGAGGGGACCCCGACCCCCGGGACAGGACCGCCGGACAGUCCCCUCUUUGUGCUGUGCCUGGUGCUGGCGGCGCUGCUCCUGCUCUCCCUGCUGGCCUUUCCCGCCGCCCUGCUGUGGCUGAGGAAGAAGAGCGCCACGUCCUCCUUGGGAACGCCCACGCCAGUCCUGGUGACCCACAGCUCCCGGAGCCCCAGCGCACCCUCAGGGAUUCCCAACGACUACAGGGAGGCUCCCACCGGCCUUCCCAAAGGAUCAGACUGUCUGGUCACAGUCAUUUCCAAGGAUUCCGAUUCCGACUCGGAAUAUUAUGAGUUCAGCAGCAAGCCUCCCGUCGCCCUGUCCACCUUCUACAACUCCCUGCGCCAGCAGCCCAGGGAGGAUCUUCUCCCUCUGGGACCCAGCCAGGACAGGACGGAGCCGUUCCCAGAGAACGGUAUGACACAAGGAAGGGGGAUCUAUGCCACGGAUGGGAGGGUGGCCACCCCCUCUUCCCAUAUCCUCGUUCCCACAUUUGGUGUCCUUAUUCCCACAGAGCCGGCCAGGCUCCGCAGCUCCUCCAGCUCCUCCUCAUCCUCAUCCAUGGAGCCCUGUUGGAAUGGCAGCGUUCCCCCCGCCACCCAUGGCACCCAGUGCCACCCGGCAGCCACCGGCCACGGCUACGGCACAGCUCCCCCAGCAGCUCCCGCCCCAGUGCCCUCCCAGCCCUGGGUACCUGGGGCUCCGGCGGAUCCCGAUCCCGACGGCAGCUCCAGCACCUCUUCGGGGGAGUGGUACGAGAACACGCAGGAGACGGAGCCCCCUGGAGAGCCCUCCUCGCACCCUGGCUGGUCAGAUCCAUCCCGCCCCUCGGGGGAACACGGGGAGGAUCCCGACUUUUCUGAGGGCAGCGACUACGAUGACGUCCAGGGCUCUGUCUGCUGAGCCCGUCCCACCGCGCCGGAGGCCGAAGCUUCUGGAAUCCUCUG